CGACCCCCCUGCAGUCUUGGCAUUGCAUUUGGCAUGGCAUCUCGUCGACCUGCCGCCGACGCGGCUGCAGCGUCCGAAGUGGACUUGACGUUGACCCCAUUCUGCACCGACGAUGGAUCCGGGCGCUGGGUCUUGAAUGACGAAAUCUCUCAGAUGUUCGUGGACGAAGCUCGGGCUCAUCGGAAAGUGGCAUUGAACGUGGUGUUUGAAUUGCCUGGGGCUGGUGUGGCGCUGCCGUCAGGCACGAAGAAAGGGUUGUUUAUUGUCAAGCACCCCAUCAAGGUGGACGACGAUGGAAACCUGUCGUUCCUACUCGUGCUUCGCCAUGUGGACUUGACGGCAACGCCGCAAUGGGGCACGCUCGCGUUGCUGUUGGCAUCCCACGCCAUCUUUGUGCGGGAGGGCCACGUCCAUUCCGACGGUUUUCGCAACCUCAACUUUCUAACCAAGCUCAUGGACGUGUCCAUGGUCCCAUCCACCGACGACUUUGCCGAGUCUGCGGAGCUGAACGCGCAACUGCUCAAGCGGCACAUGCCCAAGCUCACGUAUGUCGUGGUGGACGUGGACAAAAAGGAGUGUGGCGGCGACGCUUUUCCUGCCUACUUUGAAAAGGUCUUGGCCAGUAAUCCCCCGAACGAGUUUGCCACGACCAGUGUCCUCGCCAACUUCUUCACGCAGCGCGACUGCUUUGGCAUCAAAUCAAGCAUGUUCAAGGUGCCCAACGCGCCGUACACGGCCGCCAAGGUCGUCGGCGCCGCCACGGACGGCCAUGCCAUCUACAAGCCGUUCUUUGGCCGGUACCUGUGCUGCGGCAUCCUUGCGCACCUCUUGCAUGCGGUGGUGCCGCCGCUGUCGACGAAUGCAUGGGCUAUACUUCCGUUUCGCGACUUUGUCCGUGACGUGUCACUCGCGUAUUGGCACGAAUUAACCGAUAACGUCAUCGGCACGUAUGCCGAUUGGUUGCACGUCAAGGUCCUUCCGUACGACCCCGUACCCGUCGACGGCGCGCUGGUGGUCGACUUGACCGAGAUCAAAAUGGGCAUCAAGCAAAGCGAGCACGAUUUUCACGUGAUCGACCACGGCCAGGGUGACCACUCAGUGUUUGACGAGUAUGGGAAUCUGAAGAAAACGAGGGCAGGCGCCAAGCACGACGCUGGCGCCACGUCAUCAACGUUGGACGUGGGCAUCUUGCACUUUCUCAAGCAAAAGCGAGGCGGGUUGCAGCGCCAGGCGUCGAUCGCAGUCGCGCGGCCGGCGUCUUCCCAAGAAUCGGAAGAGGUCGACCUCGACAUGCACUUUGAAAAGAUCCGCGCGUACCCCGUCCCCGUCCAGUACAUCCAGAACCAACGGCGGGAAAAGAUGCCUCUGGACGAACAGACGCUGCAUGCCAAGCACGUCGAAAGCUUCGCGGUGGCGUCGACGGCGCUGGCUCCGUUUAUGGCGCUGUCGAGCGCUCCCGACUUGAUCUUCACGGGCGAGAAUCAACUGCACGUGGGUGCUGCGCAGGUCGAAUCGUCGGUGGCGCGGCUGUUUGCCGAGUUCAAGACGGCCAACGCCGUAGCGUCCGCCUUGUUUUGCUCAAAACUGGUGCGGUACCUGCACGGGGUGGUGGUGGAGAAGACCCACUUGGAUGACACGGCGUCGUCGUCGGCGGUGUCUCAGUCCAAGCUCAUGCUGUUCCUUAUCGCAUAUCGAGCCAACAUUGACGCACUCGUGUCGCAGUAUCAGUUUUUAGCCACGGGGCCCGCCGCCCAAGCCGUGCUCUCGGGCUUUCUCCACGCCGUCGUGCCCGCGCACAUUCAAAAGGCGGUGGUUGCGGCACACCGGACGUUUGAACUCCAACAAUCCAAACUCGUCGAUGCCAUCGCCACUGCCAAACAAACGCUGGUGUUGCUCAACCAAAGCCUAGAGGAAUCCAACGGCGUCCGCAUCGAAUGCAUGCGCCGCGAAGUGGACGGCCAGCGCCAGGUUGAUGAGCGCAAGGCUGAGCAGGCGCGGAUGGUGGAGAGCUCGAUCGCAGAGGCGCAGGCCCAGAUCAAUCAAGCGAUGCGAGACAAGGACGCGCUGUUUGCGAAGACAGUGGAGACGACACAGGCGACGGUCGCGACGGUGGAGAUCAUCGCCAAGAAACCCAAAGAGUUCUCGGGGUACUUGUUCCGCCAGGAAGGCAGCGGUUUGCUGGGAAAGAAGUGGAAGCAGUCGUUCUUUGUGCUCAAAGACGGCCGGUUUCUGUGCUUUAAGGCCAAGUCGUACUAUGAAGAGAACCGGGAGAGCAUGGAGCCCCCGCUCAGCGUGUCAGGGUACACCGUGUUGGAGUCCCGCAGCCACGGAAACGAGUUCAAACUGGCGCCGCCGACCGCUGGCCGCACGUUUUGCUUUCGUGCCCCGUCCGACGACGACAAGGAGAUGUGGGUGCAAAAGUUUAACGAAGCGAGUAAUUUUUAAUAGAACGGUGUUGUGUGGUUGUGUAUA